GCGUGCUAUGCCCCCAUCCAACUCCGAUCAGCUGAUUCUCCCUCUCCGAUACAUUCCAUGUCAUCCACCACGCUGGAUAUAAUACUGUGUACUGCAUGUGUUGUACACAUAUCUCUGUUCUGUACAUUGGUUUUGCCCCACUCUUGGUGGGAAUAAAUUCAUUGCGACGUUCAACACAUUACUAUUAGUGCUCGGUGGUGCUCAGUGAGCUUAGAAAACAAAGAGACGACAUGCAUCAGUGUUGACGUUUUGUGCCUCAAUAUCGUGUUGCAACGACGUUUGUCUUUUUUUCCCAUAAAAGCUUCUGUAACAACAGCCCUUGAAAUUUUCAAUAUUCUUGACUGGAAUAACUCAUGGCAAAUAAUGAAUUGGUGGAAGCUAAUACUCAAAGUCUCGUCCGGAGACUAUUAACAGCCUCGAGUUGGAUUUGGAACUGGUUCAGUUGGUCAGGCUCCUCCGCAACGAUGCUGAGAGCAGCCGAAAAAAAAAUCCUCUCGUGUUUAAAAAGUGCUUAUCGAGGCUGGUAUGUCGAUAUUGGGCCGUGCGUGGGUACGGCUGAUAAAAUAUGGACAAUAGCAUUGAACGAAGAUGCACCAAAUACACCAAUUGUCCUUCUACAUGGUUUGGGUGCUGGAGUUGCACUUUGGUGUCUCAAUCUCGAUAGCUUAUCAACCGAGCGACCAGUGUAUGCUAUGGAUCUAUUAGGAUUUGGGAGAAGCAGCCGACCAAACUUCAGCAAUGAGGCACAUGAAGCCGAGACACAGCUGGUUCGUUCCGUUGAAGAAUGGCGAAGAGAGAUGCAACUAGAAAAAUUUGUUCUAUUAGGACACUCAAUGGGUGGUUUUUUAGCGGCCUCCUAUGCUAUACAUUAUCCCGACAGAGUUAAACAUCUCAUAUUAGCUGAUCCCUGGGGUUUUCCGGAGAAACCAGCGGAUGCUCAUGCGAGAUAUCAAGUACCAUUUUGGGUAAAAGCAAUCGCAUAUAUGAUCCAGCCUCUCAAUCCUCUAUGGGCAGUUAGAGUAGCAGGUCCUUUCGGCCAGAGGCUCAUUGAAACAACGCGACCGGAUAUUGUUAAAAAAUUUAGCCCUGUUCUGAAAGAAGAUGCCAACGUAAUUUUCCAAUAUAUUCAUCAGUGCAAUACGCAAACACCUUCAGGAGAGAGUGCAUUUCAUGCAAUGAUGCAGGGCUUUGGAUGGGCCAAAAAUCCAAUUAUCAAGAGAAUCGAUCAGAUGCACGAAGAGGUCCCUAUAACAUUGAUUUAUGGCAGUCGUUCGUGGGUGGAUAAUUCGGCCGGAGAAAUUAUCAAACAAAAGCGUGUCAAUUCUUACGUUAAUAUUCAAGUAAUAAGUGGUGCUGGCCACCAUGUUUAUGCAGACAAGAGUGAAAUCUUCAACAAGCACGUGCGUGAAGCUUGUACCUUGAGCGAUGGUAUAUCGAAAUUGUCAGCCGAGGAUGCUCGACACUCAACCAACAUUAUUCCUCGACGUUUGCCAGCAUUACCCAUCGAUGGAAAUGACUCAAAGUCAGAGGAGGAAGGCGACGAUGACAAAGAGCCUGUUGCACCACAGUCCCCCCCAAUUGUGGAGCCUCAAUCGGAAACAUCACGACCGAAAACUAGUUGAAUAUAGAGUAAUUACAUCUUUCUAGCCAAUUAAAAGACCCUACUGAGUUUUUUUUUUUUCACAACUUUUGAGCUCAGUACAGUUGAAAAAAUUCAUCAACAGAGUAAGAAUAUGUCAAAGAUUAUUCUUUCAUUUCCUGGUGAAAUAAGUAUUUUCUAUGCGUCUGUUUUUUUUUUAAAGGAAAAAAAAUUAUUCAAUCAGUUCAAUUCAACGUGUAGAUCAUGGAGACUAGAAUAUUGUGAAAUUAUAUUGUUACCAUAAUGAAACUGUGAUGAUCUUUAUGAUAAUAAAGAAAAAUUAGAUUAUUA